AUGGACGAGAAGAAUCGCCCAGUAGACGCCUCCGGGUUUGAAGAGACAGAAUACGAGGCACAACACUUCGAGCUCGAUGCAGAAUGGCAGCACGCGUCCAGCAGCAAAGCUGAGCGAGCGCUGGUACGGAAACUGGACUGGCGCUUGGUUCCGGCAUGCUGGCUGAUCAACGCAAAGAUUGGAGGUCUCGAGGAGGAUUUCGAUCUCACGUCGAACCAAUAUUCGGUCAUCGUCCUGGUUUUCUUCGUCUCAUACAUUCUCGCGGAGGUUCCGAGCAACAUGGUCCUUAGCAGAGUGAAGCCGCAUCUGUUCCUACCCCUGUUGGGCGUUUUUGGGGAUUGGUGGCAGCAUGCAUGGGUGCAGCACAGAACAAGACUCAGAUUAUCGUUCUCAGAGUUCUGCUCGAUCCUGGAAGGUGUCGCAUCGAUCGUCGGGGCUGUGGUGAUCUUCUUUGUUCUCCCAGACUUUCCCAGCUCGACGACCAGGAAUGGCUUCCUUACCGAAGAAGAGCGAACACUCGCCUGCAAUCGCCUCGCUGCGGAGGGGUUCGGCUUGACCCAGGGACCGCAGAGGAAAGUCGGGCAUUGGAAGGCUUUCAAGAUGGUCUGUGCCGACUGGAGAACUUGGGGGCUCGCUCUGCUGUUCGUGCUUAAUACUGGAUCUCAGACUAUGCAAUACUUCAUCCCGUGUCUAGUGAAGAGUUUUGGAUGGAGGGGAAAAACCGCACAGUUUAUCUUCGCCUUUGGUCCCAUUUAUAGCUGCUCGGCUUUAAUCAAGACCUGGAUCUCUCAUAUCCUAGGAUAUCCGGCAGAGAAGCGUGCUGUUGCGAUCGCUUUGAUCAACGCACUUGGCAAUGCCAGCUCGAUCUAUGGAUCGUUCUUGUGGCCCAAAGAGAACGGGCCGCAGUAUCUGGUCGGCUUUGGACCGACGACUGCCUAG